CUCCUCAUGUCUGUAUUGCCAGUCAGUCAUUUGUAGACAAACACACGCACACACAUAUAAUAUGUAUGUGUGUGUGUAUAUAUAUAGUAAGAUAUAUACGUACCUGGAGCAAAGUAUCCCAACCUUCCGGUUCUAAACCUCUCUCAAUCAAAUUCAAAAUCCAGCCGGAAUCUCGCCGGAAUUUUUCACCGGCGGCGAUUCGUUCAAUAAAUUCAGCAAAACUGUGAGAUUCAGUUGGUUCGCCGGAGAAAAAUCAACGGGAUUUUCUUGUCGCCGAUCAUUUUCUGUGUGACAGUUCGGAGAUUCAGUGAUUGUUCGAUGUGUUCUGGAAGGAUCGAUCUAGGGUUUUCUUGUACUGUUUUUGAAGCUCAAAAGGAAUGAAAUAGGGAAAAUAGUUGGCGUCGGGAUCGGCAUUAAUGAAGUUUCCUGGUUUUGAAGCGAUUCGUAUUUGUUUCGGUGACAUUCUGUGAGAGAACACAGAGUUCAAUAGUGAAGGUGAAAAAAAAAAAGAAAAAAAAGAAAAAGAAAAAGUGGAAAAUGUUGACGUGUAUUACAUGUUCGAAGCAAAGGAUGCAGGAGGAGGCAGGAGGAGGCGGAGGAGAGGAAGUAGGGGCGCGUGGGACACCAAAUACAAAAGAAGCCGUCAAAAGCCUGACGGCGCAGAUCAAGGAUAUGGCACUGAAAUUCUCGGGUGCUUAUAGGCAAUGCAAGCCCUGCACGGGGUCCGGCAGCUACAAGAAAGGAGAGCGGCCUUACCCCGAUUUUGAUGCCAUUUUGGAAGGCCAACCAUACCCUUACAUGCAACCUGGAAGCUCGAGUUCCACACCUGCCUGGGAUUUUUCUACCACUGCCCACCACCCGAUUGCUGGAUCUGCUGCAAGGUUUAAUGGGCAAUGGGGUGGUGUACGGACUCCCACAGGACUAGAAUCUAUCUCAGCCCAAUCUGGUGAUGUAGUGAUAGAGGACGAGAAUGAGCCCAAGGAAUGGAUGGCACAGGUGGAGCCUGGUGUUCAAAUUACUUUUGUGUCUCUUCCUAAUGGUGGAAAUGAUCUAAAACGAAUUCGCUUCAGCCGGGAGACGUAUAAUAAAUGGCAAGCUCAACGAUGGUGGGGCGAGAAUUAUGAUCGAAUCAUGGAGCUCUACAAUGUUCAGAGAUUUAACCGACAAGCUCUUAACACACCUGCAAGGUCAGAGGACGAGAGAGAUACUACAUACUCGAGGCUUGGAUCCGCGAGGGAAAGCCCUAUGACUCCAUCAUUAAACAAAGAAUGGACUCCUAGAAACUAUUAUAAACCUUCUGGCAGUAAAGGGUAUUUCCCAUCUGACUCUUCAGAUCAAGGUGGCAGCCAACAAUACAAUGCCGGAUCAAUUGCUCAUGGCGCUGGUGGCCCAAGGGCUGAGACAGCAUCCGUGGAUGCUUCUCGGACAACCACCUCCUCCAGAGACGAGGCUUCGGUUUCCAUUAGCAAUGCCAGCGACAUGGAAUCCGAAUGGGUUGAACAAGACGAGCCCGGUGUGUACAUUACCAUCAGACAAUUAGCUGAUGGCUCUAGGGAGCUCAGGCGUGUCAGAUUCAGCCGUGAAAGGUUUGGAGAGGUGCACGCAAAGCUUUGGUGGGAGGAGAACAGGGAGAGGAUACAAACACAAUACCUUUAAUUUAUAGAUUUUCACAAACUCAGCUGUUGGCGUAAAACUGAAUGAAAACCUGAAGAGUGGCAUUUCCAUGGAAAUAGAAUCAUUCCAUUUCCCAUCUAUCCACCAUAAAGAUAACAUGAUUCCCACCGGCAACAUCAUCUUAAUGACACAUAGUUUAACCACAAUAAUGUUAUAAAGAGGCCUUCCCGAGAAGUAUCCCUACCCUAAUUCUCUAGGAAACCAGAUUCUCUCCUGUGCCUUUGCAGCGCUAGCGCAAUAUUACAUCGCAUAUGCAACAAUUACAUUGCAUCUUCGUUUCAUGGUGUUGCAUUAUGAUGUAGUUACGUUGUGUGUUGCACUACCAAUACAGAAUGAGUGCACAACAGCCCCUACACACGAGGAAUCUGGGUUCUUCUUUUGUUAAUGUAAAAUAAAAUUUAGUGAAUGCUGUCGUAGUUAGUGACUAAUUAUACUUUGAUAUGAAUUUUAUAGUAGUAGCUCUAAUCUUAGGGAACAUAAAUGCAGCUUGAAUCGUAUACCGUUUAACUAAAUUAUAACGAAUGGCUUUUCAUUUAGAA